AUGGCACUCACACUCUCGAUCACCUAUAAGCUCAACCCACCAUCGGAUAUCUCCACCACCCUCGCUCCCACAAACGCGUUCCAGUACCCCUUGCCCGACGCGUCCAGUGACCAGAAAGCCUACUAUGACGAACUCAGGGCCGCCGUAUUGAAAGCAAAAAGCGCUCUAGGAGAAGACCUCACUGCGUGGAGAGACGCAGUGGGCAAGGAGGAGAACAAGGAGCCGAAAGGUUCCAAGAAAGCGGACGAAGAAGACCAGGAUGAAGAGGACGAGGACGAGGAAGAAGCAUAA